UUUCCUCUCUCUAUUUACUAAUCGUCUCCGCCCCGCCCAUAAUUGCUUCUCCUCUUUUCUCCUCAGGCCAACACUUUGCGCGCUCAUGUAUAACAUCAUCGACCUGCCCCUACCAUGAUGCAUCUCCGUCCGGCUUGCCUGUUUGUUCCGCCCUCUCUGUUCUAUGUAAGCUAGACCGCGCCAUGCUUUCUCCAUCUAAUCUCCAUCUUGAAGGAAACCAGUUAAUCUUGGCACUCAGCCUGAUGCCCUUUAUUUAUUAUUUAUUUUUCGACCUGGUGAUGCAUCUAUUGACAAGGAAGAGUGAGGUGCGGACUAACAAAAGCACAACAAAAACCUGGGCACUAGGAAGUAUUAUAUGUUCCCGUCGGGGACGAUGUGACAUCUGCAUCAAUUCAAGCAAAGGUUGUUGUCUGUACUGUGUGGACAAUGUUUUAGUCACGCUGCCAAUUAUCCGUUUUCCACCAAUUGAUGACUUCAAAUUAUUGAAGGAGAGCAUGGCAUACAAGGAUAUGCGGGCAUCCAAGUUUGAUCCAGCUGAGGAAAGAUAUCUGGAGCUGCAUUUCAUCGCCAAACCCGUGGGCAACAUGUAGAUCUGUGAGCCCUUAUGCUUUGAACUUGAACAUGAACCUGGAUGGUGUGGACAAUAUGGAUAGUCGCAUUGCCGCUAUCCGUUUUCCUUCAAAUAAGAUAGCACACGAAGGAAGACAGAAGGUAUCAUGUUUGGUGAAUCUGAGCGAGGGACAUUGGUGAUGGGUAUGCGCACGACAGUGGACAAUGGAUGCUGAACACGAGGUACAUCCAUCCUAACGGUGGCACGACGGAAGCAAAGCGCUUUCCCAAGCUUGUCGAUCCAAAAUUCAUAACUUGGGAAGAUGGUAGUAGUUUUAUCUGGCACUGAGCUGUUUGGGUGAUGAGAAAUGAGUGGUUGUAAGGGAGUGAUGGGCGUAGAGCUGCAUUAGGCGCUUGCAAUUAUUUCUCAUGCAUUAUGCUGCCGAAAUUUCUAACGAAA